UGGAACAGAAGAAUCUACAAAUUGGCAUUGGGAGUGAUGACUUAAAAAUCUUGAAAAGCUAUGAAUCUUUGUUCAAUGAUGUUAUCGAUAAGAAGUUUCAAUGUACCUCUUACCUGGAGAGUGCUACAGAUUCCGCCAAGAUCUUCAGAACAAUGUUGUCUUCCCAGAUAGAAUUGUCUGUCUGGAAAGAUAAUCUCACCAAUCAUGGAGGCUUAGCAGUGGAGAGGAAAGACAAAAUUAAGGAAACCCAUUUGGUAAAAUAGUUGUGACAGGAGGAGGCCAGUUUUCCCGCUCUCAGAUUAUCCAGAUUGCCAAAGAAAAGUGUAGGGUAUUAGAUAAGCAAACAGGUAGCAUUCAACUUAAAGCAGAGAUUUUAAAUAUUCUGGAAUAUGUAAUCAGCGAACCUUCUGGCAUAAAGACAGUGGCAAUCUCUGAAUUCAGCUCUGGGAUUUGGAUUUCACCUCUGAAUAUGUGUAUAGACAUUAUAGUAAAUACCAUUAUGACCUUUCCUUGUUAUCAAAAAAGCAACAUCUUAAAAGAAAUUCACUUGAUGAGCGAUGAGGAAAGCACUGCGGCUGCAUUUAAAAUAAGCUGUGAAAAAUUUCUGGGUGGAAACAUACCAGCAGCCCCACUUUUAUCUUCCAUUACCCUCAACAAUGUGAACAUCCAUAUUAUGGAGGGAUACAUUGAGGAACAGCAGGUGGAUGUCAUUGUGAAUUGUGUACCAGAACAACAUUCUUUUCCAGCUGGACAUAGAUCAAAUACAAUUCUUGACCAAGUAGGAACUGAACUAGAAAAAGAUUUUUUAAAAAAAUUGUCUGAAAGCUCUAAUAUUCAAGAAUUGGUAGUCACAACAGGAUUCCACUUAUCCUGUCAAUAUGUGUACCACCUAAUAUGGCCUUCUUACUAUAACUUCCUACUUCCUGAGUGGUAUAAUAAGAUGCUAAAACAUGCAGUGAUGAAAUGCUUGGAAAAAGCCUAUCAGCAAAAUAUGAAUUCACUUUCCUUCCCUGCUCUUGGAACUGGAACCAUUAGCAUCCCCAAAGAAGAAACAAUUCAUAUAAUGUUGCAGGAAGUUUUACAAUUUUCCAGGGACUACCCAAGUAAAAAGCUUCACGUAAAUUUUGUGAUCUUGCCAAAUGACAAAGAACUAUCCAAGACUUUCAAAAGUGAGUUGACCAAGAUGAAGACCAAGUACAUGGGAGAGAUGGCACCGAAGUUGAAUGAAGAAAGUGAUAAAAUAUUCAAAGUUCCACAGUGGUCCAGAGAAGGGCAAAAAGAAGCUGGAUUCAAAGAAGCCAGACCACCUUUGAUCCACCUCAAAGGAAACAAUGAGGAACAACUGGCUGCUGCUAAAAAGUGGAUUGCCAAGUUGUUGCAGACCCAGGAGUGCCGUUUUAUUGAAAACAAUCAUAUCUUCUACCUUGGCAAAGAGGAGCACGACCAGUUGUCUUAUCUGAAGAAUUAUUUUGAAGUCUCCAUCUCAGAGGAUAUCAGCCCUGGGAAGGCAACACUAGAGAUUAGAGGAAGAUUAAACAGUAUCAUUCCUGUGAUGCUGCAUAUUGAAAAUCUGCUGUGGCAUGUGCAGUUAGACUAUGCAAAGAAAAAGUUCAGUAAGCUAACAGAUCUUCCAUUUUCUAUCCAGUCACCGGAAGGAAAUUUGGUUAGGGCAAACAUUUCCAAGGAAAGGAUAUUCCAAGAAAAGAAGAAACAGUUUGAAAAGGCGGGUUUGGAAGUGCAGAAGGUUGAGGCAAUCCAAAAUCUCUUCCUUUGGGCUGCCAUUGAAGAAAGGAAGAAGAAAAUUUGGAGUAAAAAUGGGAAUGGCAACAAGAGUCUCAUGGUAUACCAGGAAGUCCCAUAUCAGUUCUGCAACCUUGUAAGCAGAGUGGGUUUCCAAAGGAUAUACUCCAUGCCUCCCGACCCCAAAUACGGUUAUGGCAUCUACUUCAACAAGUCUCUCGAAAACUUGGUAAAAAAUCUCGGGCAGACCUCUGAUUCUGACAAUGUGAUCUGUGUGUUUGAGGCUGAAGUGGCCAUAGGUUCCUACUGUGAAGGAAGUCAUCAUUACAUUUCUCCUCCUUUACUGGGUUCAAGAACUAUGGAUACCUUUGAUAGUGUUGUUGACAAUGGUAAGAACCCAGAGACUAUUGUAAUUUUUGACAGCACACAAGCUCUGCCAUUGUUUCUAUGGACCUGUGUGUUAAAGAGUAGUUUCUCCCCCAAAAAAGCCCAAAGAUAUGAACAUAUUCUAUUUUUCCAAAUAGUGGCUUACUUAUUUUUAAAAAGUCCCCUAAGCAACUUAUCUAAAAAUAUAUAAGAUAUGUCAUGGAAAUAGACCAGCCAUAUAGUAGUACACUAGUGACUUCAACUCUGAUUCAAGAAAAAGAAAGAAAGAAAGAAGGAAGGAAAGAAAGAAAGAAAGAAGGAAAGAAAGAAAGAAAGAAA